AUGUACUUUUCUUCGCUAUUCAUACUCUUAUUCACAUUAUCCACGACCACUGCAUUUUCCCAAGUUAGAAUACUGUGUAGUCAGAACGGUACUGUUGCUGAACCAGUUGCACAAAAUUCUUCUACAGUAUACUUUCCACCAUUCUGGACAGAAAAUAUGACAGCUCCUUAUUAUAAAGCGAAUCAAAAGUGUAGUUCGAAAAUCUUAAUCCCCAAUGGAAAAUACGUUUUGUUCACAAUGAAAGCCAAUAUUGAUGUGGAUAGUCGGCUAAAAAUAACGGAUGUUAAUGGAAAAGCUGAAUUAGUAAUGACAAGUGACCAACAACCGUAUGUCUUUGUUGGAUCCUGGUUUACCAUCGAUUUGACUGUUGGUCCUACAAUAGAUGCCACAAGCUUUGGGUUCAAAGUUGAAUGGAAUCCAUGUAAGUUAUUUGUUUUAACAUAUUAUUUAUUGAAUUCAAAUGAAUUAUUUAAUUCAGAUCCAAAACCAAACCCAGCCUACUACAACGUUACCAAAGCGUCCGAUGCUCUAACUUUCGACGAAAUGCUUUUCGAAAACUCUGUCACAAUUACUGCUGAAACUCAAAAACGGACCAAAUGUUUGAAUUCACUGUGA